UCAUAUAAUUUGGACCUUUCAUGUCACCAUUGCCUCUGAGCCUGAUAUGAACAUGGAUUGGAAUUUCUGCAUCUUUUUGUACCUGUUUUGUGAAUUCCACUCAGUGCUGACAUUCAACAUCGAUCCUGUGUCUUGGAAGUACUUCACAAGAAACAAUGAUGUUGGCUUUGGCUAUAGAGUGAUACAGGUGGAUACAUCUAGUUUUCUUGUGAGUGAUCCUUUAGUACAAUAUAGCCAUAACAAAAGAGGACAAGUUUAUAGCUGUGGCAUUUCACAGGAAAUUUGCCUGCCAGUGACAAUUAAUGUGCCUUCUGAAGCUGUUAACAUGUCUCUUGGACUUUCUAUGACUAAGGAUAUACAAUCUUCUAAUUCAGUGGUUUGUGGUCCAACCAUUCCUAAGGACUGCAAAGUGCUUACUACCCUCAAUGGUAUGUGCUUUAUCGUGAACGGAAGCAAUGCUGUGAGUGCACCUAUACCAAGUGCUUUAAGAAGCUGCCCUCUAAAAAUAGACAUCGCUUUUCUAAUAGAUGGCUCUGGGAGUGUAGAAGAAGUAGAUUUUGUUAAAAUGAAAACUUUUGUCAUAACAAUAAUCCAGAGUUUUUCCGACUGCAGUUCUCAGUUUGCCAUCGCACAGUUCUCCACUGGUUUUGAAAUUCACUCCAAGUUUGAAGCAGUCAAUGACACUGAUUCAUGGAGGACAAGAAUAAGAGAGAUUAAACAGCAAAAAGGAUUGACCUACAGUGCAAAGGCUAUAAAUAAACUUGUGGAUGAGCUCUUCGUAACUGAAGGAGGGGCGAGGCAAUCAGCAAUUAAAAUCCUAAUUGUUAUUACUGAUGGUAGAUCAAAUGAUGAACCUCAUCUCAGAGCUGCUGUUGAAAAAGCAGAAAAGAAGAAUAUUAUCCGAUUUGCUAUUGGUAUCGGUGAAGCUUUUGAUGAUGCCCAAACAAAGCAGCAGUUACAUGUUAUUGCAUCUGCUCCUCUUGCUAAUCAUGUGUUUAAUGUGACUGACUUUGACGCAUUGGACAGCAUCCGUGAACUACUGGAAGAAAACAUUGCUAUUGAAGGUGUCCAGUCCACUGGCAGUUCUGCCACAAUGGAGUUUGCCCAGGAUGGAUUUACUGCAGUGUUUACAUCCAAAGAAAGCCUGAUCGUGAGUUCUGUGGGAGCUUUCCAGGGGAAGGGUGGAUAUCAGGAACACUAUCAGUAUGGCCAUUCAUCAGACUUCCAAGUGGGAAGUGAGGAAGAUAGUUAUUUUGGUUAUUCAAUGACAAUAGCAACACGGUCUAAAAAGAGGCUUGUCAUUUUGGGAGCACCAAGAUACAGGCAUAAAGGACAAGUGAUGAUUUCAAUAAUUGGAAAUAAUGCAACCAACCUGCUGGUGGAUUCACCCAAGCCUCAGAUUGGAUCAUACUUUGGAGCCGAGGUCUGUGUGGUUGAUCUGAACUCUGACACAAAAACAGAUCUACUAUUAAUAUCUGCACCAACCUACGUAGACUCUCAUUCUGAAGGCAGAGUUUUUGUGUACUUUUACUCUCGGCAGCCAUACUUCACUUUUUCUGAGGUGCUGAUGGGAAUGGCAGGUCACAGGGGUCGAUUUGGCUCUUCUCUGGCCAGUCCAGCAGAUCUGAAUGGUGAUGGUUUCAGGGAAGUGCUGAUUGGAGCUCCUUUAGAGGAGGACAGACAGGGCACCAUCUACAUCUUCAAUGGAGGAGUAGAUCAAAUAAUUCCCACAUAUUCUCAGAGAAUUACUGGAUCAUCUGUACGCUCAGGUUUACAGUUUUUUGGACAAGCUCUGAGUCAGUCCUCCUUAGAUCACAGUGGAGACAGUCUACCAGACAUUGCUGUUGGAUCAAAAGGAGCAGUUCUGCUUCUAAGAUCUAGACCCAUAAUGCUUGUCGGUGUGAAAGUAACAUACAGCCCAUCAAAAAUCUCAACCAGUCAAACAAACUGCACCAAGCCACUGGAAAACACCUUGACAGUAUGCUUCAACAUGAGUGGAUACAAACAUGCUAUAACAGAUUUGACUGGAAGCAUUAGCUAUAUAUUAAAGCUGGAUGCCAAACGAUAUAACCACAGAGCAUACUUCUUGCCCAAAAAUCGUGUCCUCAGUGAUGCUGUAAAUGUUACACUAGAGGAAGUGUGCAAAGACCAUCCAUUCCUCAUAGAGGCUUGCACAGAGGAUCAUCUCAACCCACUGCUUAAUGAAUUAAUGAUCACUUUUGAGGGUCUGCCCUCCCGAAGGCUGGAGAAUUUACAGCCUGUUCUAUUACCAUGGAUAAAGAACACAACAUUGUGGAUGUUAGAUUAUGAAAUGAACUGUGGAUCAGACAACCUUUGUGUUGACAACCUCAAAAUGGACUUUAGCUUUGGAUCUGCUAACAUAGAAGUUGGGAUAAUGCAGGAAAUCAAUGUGACAGUAUUUGUUGAAAACAAAGGAGAAAACUCAUACAACACUCAUUACACCCUCAACUACCCCUCUGGACUUUCCUACAGGAGAAUUGUGUCUCGAGUGGGCAGAGUGAAUUGCCUUUCUACAGAUGGCAUGCAAGGAAUUUUAUUAGGGGAGACCAUCUGUCAGGUCAACAAACCUCUUUUCGCAGGAAACGAUUCUGCAGUGUUUGAUAUUAUUUACAGUAUUAAUAAACAAAGUAAUUUUGACCAAAAGGUGACAUUGAGUGCAUCUCUUACCAGUGGCAAUACAAAUCACUCUGAAAGCAGUGAGCUGUUGAAAAUUAAAAACAUAAGUGUAAAACAUACUAUCUAUGUUGCCUUGUUGAGACAUACAGAUUCCAGCCUUUACACCAAUUUCACAAGUGGGAAGAAUAAUCUUGAAAAACCACUGAAACAGAUAUUGGAGGUGAAGAAUGAGUUUAGAGAGCUAAAUUUAACAGUUUUCAUUAGAGUACCUGUAAAACUGGGAGCUGAAAACAUCUGGACUAAUAAAAACUUACAGAUUCCAGAUUGCUUCAAGGAAAGAGAUGAGCAGCCCACCUUGACCAAUUUUCUGAAAGUGCUCAAAAAGAAAAAUGUCUUGAAUUGCUCUGUGGCGGUGUGUGCAGUUUUCAGGUGUGAUGUGAAUCUAAUGAGAAAUGAAAGGAAGUUCUAUAAUAUUUCCAGCAACGUGAGCUCUGGAUGGAUUGAGCAGAUUGGGAUUAGGUCUGCAUCCUUUCAGUUGGUCAGUACAGCAUCUAUGGAUUAUGAUGAGGAUAAAUAUAUAUACUUCUCCGAUUCCCUUAGCUCUGUGUCAGUGUGCGAGUUAAGCACUCAGGUGGAGGUCUAUGAGGAAUUCAGCAUCCUAAAGGAGGUCACUGGAGGAGUUAUUGGAGGACUGCUGAUCAUGUCACUCAUCACAGCUGCCCUCUAUAAGAGUGGUUUUUUUAAAAGAAAGGCCAAGCAACCCAGGAAGGAUCCAACACAAGAUACUGAUGAAGUGGAAAAUCUAAAUGAAAAUUAAUGCAGAAUUUAUUCAUUACUAACCCGAUUCCAAAAAAAAGUUGAGACACUGUACAAAUUGUGAAUAAAAGCAGACUGCAACAAUGUGGAAGUUUAAAAUUUCAAUAUUUUAUUCAGAAUACAACAUAGAUGACAUAUCAAAUGUUUAAACUGAGAAAAUGUAUCAUUUUGAGGGAAACAUUAGAUGAUUUUAAAUUUCAUGGCAUCAACACAUCUCAAAAAAAGUUGGGACAAGGCCAUGUUUACCACUGUGUGGCAUCCCCUCUUCUUUUUAUAACAGUCUGCAAACGUCUGGGGACCGAGG